UGGGCGGGAGUCUGGCAGCUAUCGUCGAAGUUCGGAACGUCUUAUCUGUGUUGAUUACCCUACAACGGCGUUUGUUGGCGGGCGUUUAUUCGUACACACGACAUCUGCCACGGUGCCCCGCGUCUUCUUUCUCUCUCUCUCUCUCUCUCUCUCUCUCUCUCUCUCUCUCCCGCUCUUUCUCGGCGAGUUCGAGCAUGGGAUGCUGUGGCCGGCAGCGAUCGUGUGUCUUUGACGGCCGUGCAGCUGGGGCCCGGGUUUGCGAUUCGUCUGCUGUGGAGGGGAAAGCGAAAGGCGGACUCCGGAGCGAGAGAGGGAAAGGGGCGCCACGCAACGUCAGUGGGUUUUCGGAUGUCAAGGCAACAGAGAGGCGGCUGGUUCGCCUGAUCGGUUGUUUGUGAUAGCGGGCGAGAGGGACUCGUCCUCGUCCUGGUCUUCACGCAUAUAGGCGGCGGGGUGCCGUGUGGACUCUUUGUAAAUGGAGAAGUAUUUCGAACUGCGCCGUUGUGUCAUCGGCGGGGUGAUAAGGGAGAAAGAGCCGUUGUGUAAGUUGAUGAAGGUGUGAGGAGGAAGGAUGUGGGGAGGACGUCAUCGCGAUUACAGCACAGAGAUCCCUUCUUUCUUUUCCAUGUUAGCCUAUUUUCUUUUAGCAUAGAGAAGCUAUCAUUGAGAAGAAAGGUUUCACGAGUCAUAACCCCACUGUAUUCGCCCCCGGCUCCCCGCUUGCCGCUCGUCGGAGGCGUGAAAAAAGACCGCGAAAGGAGAACCAUCUCUCCACUAGAAUUGAGCUCAAGCCCUCUCCUCUGUGUGUAGGCGACUCUUGAUGCGAGGCAGUUGCAGAUUCGAUCACAAUGUUCAGCCCGUCUGAGUCCGUUGGAUACUCUCCCGAGAUUGUCGAGAGAUCCCCCAGGUAAAUAUCCAGUAAUACGAGUCCUCGACUUCGCUGCGGAAUUGUACGCUGCUCUUAGUUGGAGUCAUCCAGUGGCUGUGUACAUUAUCAGAUCCGGUAAGGCAGGCAAGUCGAUUAGUAGUCUGUUCAAGUUCGUUUACGGAAGUUCAUGAGGAAAGUCGACGGCUGAACUACCGCCUACGUCGAAGAGUUUAUCUAUACACACGCAGUGAUCUGAAGGCAAGCAGUAGAGGACAGCAUAGGGAGGGAGGGGUCUCUUGUACUUUCUCGAUUUAGCAUCCGCUUAAGGGCUCCAGAGGUCCCUGAGAUUGGUCUUCUCGAGGUCUUGGUUGCGGACUCGGUUGCUUCUUUCUAUUCUAGGGUUUUGUCCAAGUUGUCGCAUCAGCGGAAGCGGAUAUCUUGCUAGUUCUCUGGGUUGAUCGAAGAGACGGUUGUGCAGUGGAGGAGGAAGUAGAGAGGGAGGGAAAGUGGAGAGGGAGGGGAGGAAGGAGAGGGAGGUUGUGACGAAGGUUAGACUGGCGGGAAGAAAAGGAGAGGGAGUGGGGAGUGAGACGAAGACAGUCGCUGUGGCGGAACCGGGAGGCCGUUUCCGUAGGAUGGGCCGCAGUAGAAGUAGGAGCGCAAGCCCAUGGAGAGGGGGAGGUGGGGGAGGAGGUGGCGGGGGCUCGCCCCCGCGGAAUAACUGGCGGCGCGGCACGCCGAGAUCUCCGCGUGGAGGAGGAUUCGGAGGCAGCGGGGGUGGCGGCGGAGGUGGCUAUCGCGGGAGGGAUCGGGAUCGCGACCGCGAUAGAGAUCGCGAUCGUCGUGCGCCUACCAGUCUUUUGGUGAGAAACCUUGCAAGAGAUUGCAGGCUGGAGGAUCUUCGGGCACCUUUUGAGCGGUUUGGAACAAUCAAGGAUGUCUACAUCCCUAAAGAUUACUACACUAGGGAAUCUCGGGGAUUUGGAUUCGUAGAGUUCAUGGACCCAGCAGAUGCCUCUGAUGCGAAGUUCUACAUGGAUAAGACACAGCUUCGUGGAAGGCAGAUCACAGUGGUGUACGCCGAAGAGAACCGAAAGAAACCUGCAGAGAUGCGUCAGAAGGAGAGGAUGGCCACGAAUUUUGGAGGAGGUGGAUAUAUGAGGCGGAGGUCCCCUGUGCGGAGGGUUCGAGGGCGUUCACGCUCGCGUUCGUGGUCACGCUCAUCGUCACGGUCGCGGUCUCUUUCUAGCAGUUAUGGGAGGUACAGGGGGGGAAGGUCUCGCUCACCACCACCGCGGCGGACAUCCUUGAGUCCAGCCUACGGAUCGCCAAGAGGUCAGGCACGCGGUCGGAGCCCUGCUCGUGGUGCUCGCUCUCCAUAUGAGUCCCGGAGAUCUCCAAGCCCGCGAAGUCCUCGAAGAUCUUCUCGGUCGCCGCCUUAUCCAUCAUCAAGACUGCCAUCGGAUGGACCAGCGGACAGGUCUCGACACAUGCCUAGUGUUAAGACGUAGCCACUUUUUGGUUGUGCUUUUUUUAGGGUUUUACUUGUGUACCAAUUGCCGAGUUUGUAGAAGUGGAUGGAAGUCCCACUUUGUUGACGGAGUGCGUAAGUCACCUGUUUGAGCUAAAUAAUGGAGAUGUUUUCUUCCAUCCUUUAUGUAGACUUCACCUACUGUAUCCUUUUUCUAUCCUUCCAUUCUUUGGACUCCCGUUUGACACUGUGCUCCGUUUGACAUUUCUUAUUCCCAGUAUUUUCACCAGAACUGGAGUUUCUUCUGAAUCUUUCCAGUGACUUAGCCAUUUCUUUGUACCACGUUGUCGUCCAUGCUUCCUCACGUCAGUUCAUGCCCGCUGGCAUUGGUCUUUUGACCGCGUCCCCUUUUCAUGAGGCCUCAAUCUCGUCUCUUCUUUGGCUCUGGUUUUGUCGUUUUGUUCUGUGCUUUGCUUUGGGAGUUCUUUCUUUCGGAAUACUUGACUCAACGAAGCUUUCAGGCAAGGGGGAGGUAUAACCGUGGCCGAGCCUGAAGCGCGAUGUCGAAACUCUUUUGUUAUUGGUGUCAACAAGGCAUGCUUGUAACCAGUGUGGAGUUGGUGUUUAGAGAGGGCUUAUGAAGUUGUGUACUUGGGUGGUAUAUAGGUAUUAGUGUGAGGUCACUAGAAGAUGUCCGAUUUCUUGAAGGCAAUUGGAAAGGAGAUUAUACGGAUUGCUGUCUUGGGAGGAUGCGACAUUCUUCAGAAGAGUGGGACUGUUUUUAUUUGUGGAUGCUCUUUCACAGUGAAGACAAUGAGGGGAUUGUGUUCUGAUUCAUGAAUUUGACAUUCUGCCGAAGUUGGUGAUAUAUGUUAAGCUGGUCUUGUUGACGACAGCACGAUUUCGGAUCGUAGGGGAAAGCUAUCGUGAAGCUGUCUCUUUGUCGCUGGCAACUGUGAAUGCGAACUAUUACUCUGGGAAAUUAACUGUGCUUGAAAGCCAUCCUGAAGCUGUGUCUCUCUGUUCUAAAGAGCUUGGAAUGAGAAGUAUUUCGCUGUGAAAUAAACUACUCGAGCUGGUUUUGUUUUCUUCAGGGUGUUGCAAGGGUUGCGGCUGCGGGGUGUGCACACACUAAUGACUACACUUUGGCAGCUGCCUUGGCACGUGUUGUAUGCUGUGUUUCCUACCGUGAACAGGGACAGGUACCGUGACUGAGCUCUGCCAGGAGAGGUUUUAGGUUCUCUAUGAGACUAGUGAAGACGAGGGAAGGGUUCGUGUCCCCAGGGAUAGGCAGCUGGACUCUUUUCUGCCUUUUCUGAACCUGUUGUCGGGAGUGUGAUGAAGAUGUUCAUAACUGGCCUUCAGCUCCUCCUGAUGGCCUCAGCAAAAAAAUCCCAUGUUUGCUCGUGAACGGAAGAUUCAACCGUUUCUUUCCUUGCCUGCAGAAGUUGGAGCACCCACGAUGCCGGUAUGCUGGGGCGGAUCUCCUUGCUGUAGUUUGCACGAAAGGAUUAGAAGGAAUGUGUGCGUCCCUUUCAUGUACCACCUUGCUGGAAGCCCUCGUCUACUUGUGAACUGUUUACCUGUGAAUAGCCGAUAUUUGCUCACGUGCAGAUAUGAUAUCUGCGACGGAUAUUAUCUUGAGUGGUGUUUUAUUUUGAUUUGGGUGGUCGUCUUUCCACUCAUGCAUCUGCGUCCUCGCCCUCUAGUUAUGUGGGAAGUCCAUGUGUGUGCUUCAGUGCUCUGCUUUUCUGUGUCUGUCCUGUAGAGGGUUCAUGUGUCGACAGUGCUGCCAUCCUUAACUGCAUCUGUUGUGUGUCCUCGUGAAUGUGGAGGGUCAUUUCUCCCUCGACCACAUUGCUGUUAAUUGUGGUUAAUUGCGCCGAGGAGAUGGGAAAAGUGCAUAUGUAUGUACUGUAGUGAAAGAUGACGGAAAGGAUGAACACAGCCAAAUGGCAAGUGUUUAUAAUCUCAAGCAAAUGUCCCUGCACAUGCAUGUCACCUCGACAGAUGCGUGCAUGAUAGCACCCGCGGCUGAUUCUUUCCGGUGUCACUUUCAUGCAUGCCGAGCGUUUUGCUACAGUCCCCUGGUCUUCCCUUCUCUUCCUUUGGGCCUCUGUCCACCAUUCUUUUGCUGUGACAAAGUAGACGAUUGGGAUUCUCUCCAUCGUCUAUCUGAAAUCUACACGUCGACUCUCUCCGCCGUCUAUCCGAAAUCUACACGUCAUUUGCUAUAUGGGCAGCAAGCCUCCAGUUCCAAAUUUCACCCCGUCAGCCACGUGCAUAGGUUAUCAGGAGGACACUGAUACCACUAUAGUCUGCGAAGUGGAAUUUCUGAUGGUUCUUUUCGGUGUGCCGAUACCGUACUAUAGUAUGUGAAGUGGAGUUCCUGAUAGCUUCUUUUGCUGUUUCUCCAUGAUCGCUUUCUCCUUGUAAUUGAGCAAAAUUACGGAA